CCGCGCAUCGUAAUCGUGGGCGGUGGCCUCGGUGGGCUUGCGCUCCUCCUCACCCUCCAUCGUCGCGGUGUCCCCGCCACCCUCUAUGAACGCGACACCAGCUUCAGUACUCGCGCCCACCUCGGCGCCCCUCUCGACCUCGGUUGGGAGAGUGGCCAACGCGCUCUCCGCGAGAACGGGCUUCAAGUGAACUUCGAGGAGAGCGCUGACUCCGAGGGGAGGAGAAUUUAUGAUGGCGCAGGUACGCUCCAUUUCAGCCACGGCGCCGGGGCGCAGGGUGGUUCUGGCCGUCCCGAGGGUCCCCCGCCGCCCCAGCGUCCCGAGGACAGCCGCCCCGAAAUCGAACGCGCCGUCCUCCGCAAGCUCCUCCUCGACGCGAUCCCUCCCCAUCUCAUCAAGUGGGACCACGCCCUCGUCUCCGUGCGCUCCCUCGGCCAUGGCCAGCACGAGCUCACCUUCGCGAACGGCUUCACCACCGUCUCGGACAUCCUCGUCGGGGCCGACGGCGCGAACUCGCGCGUUCGCCCCCUCCUCUCCCCGGCAACCCCCAUCUACACUGACGUCAAAUUCAUCGACAUCUCCCUCGCGCCCGAGACGACCAAGCUCCCCGAGUUGCAAGGGACCGUCGCGAGCAUUGGCAAAUGGACACUGCUGGUCAUGCAGAACUCGCGCAUGCUCGGCUCGCGGAUGUGCGGCGACGGCCGCAUCCGCACGUUCGCUGCCAUCCGCGAGUCCGCCGACUGGACGCUGCCCUCGGACCCCGCGGAGGCGAAGGCCGUGACGAAGACGUACUUCGCAGGCUGGCAGCAGUGGAUGCUCAACCUCAUCGACUACGCCGACGAGAGCGCGAUCUACAUUCACGCGCUCUACGUCCUGCCCGCCGGCCACAGCUGGCCCCACGUCCGCGGGGUGACGCUCAUCGGCGACGCCGCGCACCUCAUGAGCCCGUUCGCCGGCGCGGGGGCGAACCUCGCGCUGCUCGACGGGCUCGAGCUUGGCCUUGCGCUG